GUUUCCUCUACCAAUAUGGCCGCCGGGUUCAGCCGAUGGCGCCAUUAGUGCGCGACAGUAUGGCGGCGCACGUGUGGAGGAGUUCCCCCCGGUGAUGUCUCCGAAAUGGGGGAAGAAGGGGAGCUUCGAGUCGUGCUCCGGGACUAUGUGUACGGACAGGAGGAGGGGGAAGAGGACGGGGAGCUCAGGCUGACCAUCCCCGAGGUACUGGAUUCAGAAUAUGGAAUGUAUGUCUGGCCCUGUGCACUGGUCCUUGCACAGUAUAUAUGGUUUCACCGAUCGGUCAUAACUGGCAAGAGGGUACUAGAAGUUGGAUCAGGUGUGAGCCUCCCAGGUGUACUGGCUGCAAAGUGCGCUGCUAAUGUUAUAUUAUCGGAUUCAGCAGCUAUGCCACAGUGCUUACAGAAUUGUUCCAGGAGCUGCAGACAGAAUAAUCUAUCGGGAAUACCGGUCAUAGGACUAACGUGGGGUGACAUAUCACCUGAUCUCUUGGACCUUCCUCCUAUCGAUAUAGUGCUGGGAUCUGAUGUCUUCUAUGAACCAAAGGAUUUUGAAGACAUCUUAGUAACUGUUCAGUUUAUAAUGGAAAGAAAUCCCAAGGCUGAGUUCUGGACAACCUAUCAAGUUAGAAGUGAGGACUGGUCGAUUGAAGCUCUGCUCCACAAAUGGAAUCUCAAGUGUACUAACGUUCCACUCAAGAUAUUUGAUGCUGAUAAGGAAUGCAUGGCUGGAUCCAACCUUCCAGGACGGCAUAGUAUUCAAAUGAUGAUCAUCACAUUAGAUGUGGAUAAUUUAGACUGAUCAUCUAAAAUUCUGACUAUAUAUGAACUAAUGUAGUAGAUUGUGGACUGAAAUAUGCACUGGGUCAUUUACAAAGCUCAAAAUUCCUUAAAAGGUGAAUUUUAAGAGACUUAUUUUUACUUUUACGUUUUUUAUUUCCAUUUAUUGGCUUGUUUUUCCUCCAAUUUUAGUCAAGUAAUGUUUUAAUGUCCAUGUUUUUAUUUAAAACUGCACCUGAAAUGUG